AUUUUAUAUAAUUUAAAAUUUUGUUCAGUUAUUUAAAAUUUUAAACUAAAAUUUAACUUUACUAAACUAAACUACUAUUGUAUUAAUAAAAUUACAUAACCAUAUACAAUACAAUAGUAUAGUUUUUUAUUUAAACAUCGUUAUUAACUUAUUACUGCAUCUUUCCCAUAAAUAACAAAUUAACACAUGUUCUAUGUUGUGUUAGGUUUGUAUGUGUUUAAAAAAAUUAUAUUAGUUAUAUAUUUUUUUAAUCUUACUGUUUAUUAUUUAUUAUACUUUAUUAAACUAUAAGUUAAAGAAAUUUAAUCAGUGUGAAUCUGGUUGAAUGGUUAAAGAUGAUGGUCUCUCUUUAUCUUUGUGAUAUUUGGUUAAUCUUCGAAAAUCUUCACUUUUGGCUUUUAACAUGUCACACAUUAGCCAUUGUUGUUGUACUAUGAAUGGAGUUCUGGCUUUUCUGCACCUGCCACUUGACUUUGGGAGACACACUUAACAAUCACCAUAGUAACAGAAGUAGUGUUUGUCUAGAGAUCUCAGGUCUAUGAAAAAGAGAAUGCUUAUACAACGCAUGGUCCAGUUUUGGAGGAAAGUUGGCACAUACCUCGUGGAGAAAGAAAUCACAUUCGGUACAGUUGUAGAAAUCAUGAGAGCUAUACAGUUGUAAAAUUCAAAAUUAAACCAUUUGUCAAAAUUAUCCAAAAAAAAAAAACCAUUUGUCAUGUAAAAAAAAAUCAUCUUAGACCAAAAAAAUAUUGAUUUCCCCAAUUGUUUUUCUUUGUCAACUCUCCUAAAAUACUUAAAUAUCGUUACAUUAUAAUCUUCAUUUAGCGCUCAAAUAUUCAUCUCAUCCUCUUCUCACAUACUCUUCUCAUAUACUCUGUUUCAUCCUCUCGUCUCAAGAAUCUGAAAAGCUUUUUAGGUAUACCAUUGGAAGGAUCGCUCUCUCGAGCGGACCUUUCUUGAAAUGGAAGGUUACAAGAAAGCGAACCCAAGUUCCAGAGACGUGAUCAGCAAGUUACCCGAUAACAUCCUCUGCAGAAUCUUGUCUUUCUUGACGACCAAGGAGGCUGCUUUAACUCUGUUACUCUCUAAGAGAUGGUCGAAUCUUCUCCAACUGGUACCCAUCCUCGACUUCGACGACUCUGUAUCAAACCAUCGCAAAGUAGGUCCAGUGAAACUCGUGGCUUUCAAGAACUUCGUGGAGAGUGUACUGUCCCGGCGGUUCAAUAACUCGUCUUCUCCGGUCAAGAAAGUCUCCCUCAGGUUAAGCAAUGAAUAUAUCGAAAGACGCAUCGUUAAACGGUGGAUACAGCAAGUAAUAGAUCACGGUGCCUUGGAGCUUACGCUACGCUUAGAUUACAACAGUAACUUUACUAUGCCUUUCAGAGUCCUUACGAGCAAGGCUCUUGUACACCUUAGGAUCGGUUCUAGAAUCCGUCUUACACAGCCUCGUCCGAACUCUGUCUCUCCGAUGCUUAACUCGCUCGUUCUUGACUCGGUUCUGUUUGGGAGUGUUACUCUUUUGUUACAAUCGGUUCUAUCAACUUACCCUAACCUUCAGAGCCUGAGGAUACAUGAGUCCAAGGAGUGGUACUAUUGGGACGGGUCUGUUUCAAGUCAGACACUGAAGAGACUUGUGUACAGACGCGAUGAUGACACUUCUGGUCCUAAGCGUUGUGUUACGUUUGAUACUCCUGCGCUUGUUUACUUGGAGUAUUCUGAUGUGGUUGCUGAUAAGUAUGAGAAUCUGAGUUUGGACAGCUUGGUUGAAGUUAGGCUUGAUCUUCAGUUGACUGCAGAUCAAAUCAUGCGCAAGAAUGCUACAGACAGUGUUGGUUUUGUUCCCGGUGAUGUUUCAACUUUGUUCAUGGGGGUCAAGAACGUCAAGAUCCUCUGCUUAUCUCCUGAUUCUUUAGAUACGCUCUACUACCGUGGUGGUGACAUGCCGGUGUUCAACAAUCUGAUUUGCUUGUCUCUAGGAAGCGAUCAUAAACCUCGUGGCAGUCCAUACAUCUUCUGGAAGUUGCUUCCAUCUCUGCUUCUCAACUCGCAAAAUUUACAAACUCUUAUCAUCAAGGGUCUAGUGCACUAUGCUAAAGAAGGAUCAUGUGAAAGUGUGUGGACUCAACCUAUUUCUUGGGAUGAUGUGUCUGAGUCUCUGUCAUUAUGCGGAGUGAAGGUUCUAGAGAUCAAUGGGUAUGAAGGAACUCAUGACGAACUUACUCACAUGAAGCGUUUCUUAAGAAAAUUAUCGCGUCUUGAAAUGGUUAGGGUUAUUACUCCUAAAGGGGUUGAUGAUGGAGAGAGAUACCGUUUCAGGACUGAUCUUUUGCAUCUUAUAGCUACACCCAAAUGCGAGGUUCAGGUCAUGGAAGAAAGUGUUUGAUCACUUCCCAAGUUUAUUGUUUUUAGUUUUGUAAUAUGAAUCUGCUGUUACUGAGCUUUACUCUUUGUUACAUAUAUAGUUGUACUCGCCAAUAUUAAUGAUAAAAUAGAUUUUUCAUAAAUGAGAAAAUAGCCCUAACUUGGGAUAGGAGUUGGUCUAUUGGUCAAGGAUACUUGUCAAAGUUGUAAAGUAAUUAGCAACUUUGUUUUUGUUGAAAACUGACCAGUGUUAUUGGAACAUAUGGUAUGUAUAUAUAAUAUUAGACAGAGUUUUAAAAUAGAUAGGUUCUGUAGAGAUAAAAACAACAAAAACUUGAUACUAAAACAAGAAACAGAGCCCCCUCGUUAAAAUCUUUUGUGUUGUGAAAUCUCCAUUCUGCAACGCUUCAAUUUCUAUCUUCUUUAAUUUUUCGAACAAAACCAACUGUUUCACAAAAACCAUGGUGAUAAGUCAAAACCUUCAAUGUAAUAAUAAAAGCUGAAUAUGAAACCUCUUACUUCUGCAACAAGAGGCGGCCGCAUAGCCGCAUGGCCGUUAGCAUGUCGUUCGAAUACCUUCUUUCUUUCCAAAUGUGCUGAAGCAUGUAAAAUUAGUGGAGUUACUUUAAAAAAAAAAUCAAACAUUACGGGUCAUAAUUUGCUAUAAAAUAGAUUGGUCUUACUCGAUUCAUAUCUUCCCCCGAAUUCUCUUGAAUUCUUAAGCUCUAUGGCAGCAUCUUUCAAGCAUGCGUUCUCGCUUUCUGCAAUGGCAUCAAGCGCCUGAGAAGAAAGUACAAAAAUAAGUUUCACAAACCACAUUAAAAGUCACAUUAAAAGUAUUUAACUUUCAAAUGAACAACAUACUACCUUGUUUAGCUUGUCUAUUACAUCUUGAAGAACUUUGAUCUUAUUCUUCUCGGCCUUCUCGGCUAUCCACUUCCCCAACAUAUUAGAGAAACCCAUUCUGAUCUACCUAACAAAAUCCAAAAAAUCAAAAUAAAAAAAUCCUAACUUUAACACAAACCUCUGACAAUAUAGAUAUGAUAUUGGAGCACCAUUAUCCCUAAAAGGUACUUAGUAUAAAAUGGAGAAUGUGUAAUAUUUUGGACGUUUAGCAUCAAUGCAAACAGCAAACAUAACUGAAGAAGUUUAAGACAAUCAAAUCUUGUUGAUCAAUAAACUAAAUAAAAAAUACAAUAAAAACAAUAUCAGUUAAAAAUGUUGAUUUCCUUUUGGGCAAUUCUCCUAAAUAGACAAUUUUCAAGUUUUGAUCACAAAAAUAGAACACAAGAAGAAAAAUGACUAAAAUAUUUUAUUUAAUAGGUAAAAUGACUAAAAUAUUUUAUUUAAUAGGUAAAAUGAUCCUAAUACUUUAGAUAUAAAAAAAAAUUAUUUUAUUUUUUCAAAUUUUCUUUUUGUAAUUCGAAAAUACUUUUUGA